AGAUAACAAGUGUGCUGCCAGCCCUAAAUAAAUGUAAAGUCAAACUAUACUCAGAUCCACCACAAGCUUGCCAAACAACUUCUUCCCCUCUCCCAGCUCACUACCAGUUUAUGGCCCAAUCCUCAAUAAUGGGACCACCUCUCUCCCCACGAGAAACACGACGUUCAGGUAGACGUUCUGCACCAUCUGCCUCAGCUAGCACAUCCAAAUCACCAGACUCCCCGGCUUCUGAGUUGCUCCCCCGAACAAAGGAGGCUACCACACGUCCUGUCCCACCUUCCAAUAACAGCAGCAACCGUACAAAGCGUUUGAAGCAAGAGGAUCCUGAGGAGCCUGUCCCUACCAAGAACGCUCAGACCAAUGGCAUCAACCCCAGCCAUGGGAACUCCAACGGGCGCGCAAAGCGCAAGGCCAACGGCAAAGAGAAAAACAUUACAUCCACCGACCAAUUGAUCGAAUCAGCUUCCAAUAAACUCAGUAACUCUCAUGCUGGGAGUGCUGCAGACCCUCAGGACCAUGACCCAGAGGAACAGGGUAUCACGCGUUGUGUAUGUGGCCAGAAUGAGGAAGACGCCGACGCAGGAGAAUUCAUGGUUCAGUGUGAAACCUGCAAUGUCUGGCAGCAUGGCCUGUGCAUGGGGUACGAGCACGAAGAAGAUCUCCAGGACGAAUACCAUUGUGAAAAAUGCAAGCCUGAGCGCCAUCAAGACCUUUUGAGGAGAUUAGCUAAAAAGCCUCGCCAAUCAUCUGCCAACUCACACCACACCGCUUCGCGUCUUUCACGAUCACACUCUCCAACACACCUUUUGAAACCUCCCAAAAGAAGGAACACGAUGAACAGUCGCGACGCGGCGUUUGACGAGAGCUUAAAAGAGAUCAUCGAAGCAACGGCAGCGGAAUUUGCAGCCGCGACAGAACCGCUUCCCGCUCAAACAAGUGGGAGUGUCAACGAUCAGGCUGAAAGUCACGAAGAUCAGGAUUCAAACAGUCGCAAAAAGCGGAAGCGUGCAGAGGACGACGUUCUCCCCAAGAAACGCACACGAUCAGCCUCGAGUGCCUCUGAUCAUCAGCCAGAAGUAGCUACAACCGUGCCAGAGGAGACACCAGCUCCUCCAGCCAAAAAGGCAGGCGGCGGCGCGAAGUCCGGGAGCCGCAAUCGAAGAGGUGGUGGAUCACGCAAAAUAGUAGUUGUCAAUCAGGAUGCAGUCGCUGCCGCUGAGGGUGAAGAAGUUGCUGGUCCCAGCAAGCGACCUGUGGCAAGCCUCCGGAACAAAACUAACCCCACGCCCAAAAGACCACCUCCAUCUUCUCACGCCGGGAGUGUGCCAGGUGACCCUACUAGGCGCGCCGGCGGUGGAGCCGCACUUGCCAAUUCAGAGAAUUCUCGCGCCUACCGCAAUUCCCAUGCUUACGCUGUCUCGCAACAACCAAUGUUUACGUCAUGGAACUUACCAGACUACCUUGCCCACCUAGAACCCAUGCUGCCAACAGACACGCCCCGUCCCCUGGAAGUCCGCGGUUCGGCCAUUGGCUCAAUCUACAGAGAAUCGGUCGACCGUACCAUGGAGAGGGGAGUCAAGGUCAAAUGGCCCAGUAAACGAAUGAGCGUGGGGGAUAUGAACAAGCGCGUGCGUGCAUUGGUGGAGUGGGUGGGAAGAGAACAAGCAGGGGCCACUGACCGUGGGCGUCGGAGGGACGCGCUGGAGAAGGCGCUGAGGGCGGUGGAAGCGCAGGCUUCAAAUUCCAAUCCGUCACUUCAUGAUGAUAGUGAAGUCCGUGGAGGCGACACCAUGGGUUCGCCUAUGGUUUUGGACACUACCGCCGUUAUCCCUAUCGAUGGGCCCUCGCCUGGCGACUGGAGUUCUGGAAGUGCAUCAGCAUCUUCGACGAUGAAGAUGAUGGAGGAGCUAAUGAAGGAACUGAUAAGCUUCCAGGAGCGGUUUGGUCCAGGCGUGAAGACGAGGGACCGGGAACGAAGAAUGGUGUCAUGAUAAUCAUGGAUUUGAUGUUGAUCUUCAAUGUACCUCUUGCAUCACUUCCUGACCACUUCACUACUAGUAGCAUAUCUUUGUAUUAUUGUGAUAUUGCACCAACUUGCUUGCAGCGUUACGCGAGUUUUCUAAGAUGGUGUACGAGACGUGG